AUGGGCGCCGGCUGGUUACUUGCUUCACUUGCGUUCGUCGCUGUCGCCAUUGCUGUUGACACCUGUUCCAAGUCGGAUUGUCCGAAAAUGAGCAACACCGAGAGAACUUUCAUCGCCGUCAAGCCUGAUGGAGUCCACCGUGGCCUCGUCGGCAAGAUCAUCGCUCGUUUUGAGGAGCGUGGAUUCAAGCUCGUUGCUCUUAAGCAAUUGACUGCCUCCAAGGCUCACCUUGAGGUUCACUACCAGGACCUUAAGGACAAGCCAUUCUUCCCAUCUCUCAUUGAGUACAUGAGCUCUGGACCAAUCGUCGCCAUGGUCUGGCAAGGACUCGAUGUUGUCAAGCAAGGACGUGUCAUGCUUGGAGCCACCAACCCACUUGCUUCCGCUCCAGGAACCAUCCGCGGAGAUUUCGCCAUCCAAACUGGACGUAACAUCUGCCACGGAUCCGACGCUGUCGACUCUGCUAACCGCGAGAUCGCUCACUGGUUCAAGCAAGAGGAGAUCAACGACUACGCCAGCCCAUUCAUCAACUCCUGGGUCUACGAAUAA